AUGGACAACUACACAGAGACAGCUCGCAAAAAAUUCACAGCAUGGGGCUUUGAACUCGAUGGUAUACACACUACUGGAGAUCCUGUAGCGGCUGUGAAUGAUGCGGAAGCUAUUUUCAUUGGUGGAGGGAACACUUUUCAACUUCUAAAAGGACUCUAUGAUAACAAAUUGAUUGAACCUAUUAGGAAAAGGGUUCUACAGUUAAAGUUCUACAAAACUGCCUUUGGUGUUAUUUCUAUAGUUCCAUAUGUGGAUGAUGGAGUUCCAUACAUUGGCAGCAGUGCCGGUACGAAUGUGUCAACGGUGAGCAUCAACACUACAAACGACAUGCCCAUCGUCUUCCCACCAAGUUUUGACGCUCUUGCCCUGGUGCCCUUCAAUAUCAAUCCUCAUUACAUAGAUGCCAACCCUGGUAGUACUCAUAUGGGGUUUGAGAAUUGCCCAAGUUCAUGA